AUGCCUGAUACCCUAGCCAGCCAAGUGGCGGCGGGUGAGGUGAUCGAACGUCCAGCUAGCGUGAUCAAAGAAUUAAUAGAAAAUAGCGUGGAUGCAGGAGCGAGAAAAAUCGAAGUGGAUAUUCAGCGUGGUGGUGCGGCGAUGAUGCGGGUCAGGGACGAUGGCUGUGGAAUGAGUGAAAAAGAUGCUCGCAUGUCAUUGGAGCGCCAUGCGACAUCUAAGUUGAAAACGGCGGACGAUUUGAAUUCAAUUUUGACGCUCGGUUUUCGAGGAGAAGCAUUGCCGAGUAUUGCGAGUGUCUCGAGGUUUACGCUGACGACCUGUGGAGUGGAAGCAAUGGAGGGAACAGAGAUCCGGGUGAAUGGAGGGGAGGUGGAAUCGGUGAAGGCGAUGGGAUGUCCGGCGGGGACUUGUAUCGAGGUGAGGGAUCUUUUUUAUAAUGUGCCUGCGCGGAAAAAAUUCUUGCGAGCAGAAUCUACCGAGAGUGCUCACAUCGAUCAUCAGGUGAGGCUGCAUGCGCUAUCGACGCCAGAAAUCGGAUGGGUGUUACGGCGGGAUGGACGAGUGGUGUUUGAUCUCCCUGCGACGACGGAUCGCAGGGUAAGAAUCGCUGCCAUGGCGGGAGAGGAAGCGGCUCGCGAGCUGAUUGUAGUGAAGCCAUGUGAGAUGCGUGGGGUGACAAUCUCUGGAGCAGUAUUGCCAGCGAGUUAUGCCCGUGGGGGAAGAAAACAUCAGUACAUUUUCCUAAAUGGCAGACCGGUUGAAGAUGCCACGAUUUCUAACGCUCUCCGAGAUGCAUUCCGUGGCGCCUUGGCGGAGAAGCUUCAGCCAGCGGCGUGGCUCUGGAUCGAGAUGGACCCCGCUGAGGUAGAUGUGAAUGUGCAUCCUGCUAAGCGCGAGGUGAGAUUCCGCGAACCCUCCCGACUCAGAGUGGUGAUCUUGGAGGCGAUGGAAAGAGCGUUGCGCGCGCCCAGUGAAAUCGUGAUCGAGCCUGAAGACAGACCUGUUUUUCAGUCAGAGCAAAGUGAGGGCAAUCACGCCUCUUCAGUGGAAUCUGACAAAUCAGUGGAGGCGGUGGAGACGGUGGAGAAUUUACCAACUUCUCAAGUGCAGGCCGAGGUUCAACCGAUUUGGCGAAGCUCUCAUCAAAAGGAGCUUGAAAUGACUGAGGAACAAACUGAAAAACCAAACUUCCGAAUUGUUGGUAAAUUAUCGGAUCGCUAUGCCCUGCUAGAGGGUGAGGAAGGAUUGGUCUUGCUAGAGCCCAAAGCGGCGAGAGAACGAGUCACCUAUGAACGAUUACUGAAGCAGGAGGGCGACGUCGCAUCGCAGGGUUUAUUGGUGCCGGUAUUAAUUGAGCUGGAUGCGCGAGAUGUUGACCUGCUGAUGCGCUAUGCCGAUCAUUUUAGAGAAGCUGGUUUUGCUUUGGAGGAUUUCGGGGGAAGAACGGUGCAGAUUUCCGCUGUCCCUGCCUUUUUGAAUUUGGAUGAAGCGCGUCCAUUUUUGAUUAAAUUGGUAGAUACUCUUUUGGAUCGCGAGGGACUAGGGCGAGUUCAACGGCUGGCGUACGAAGGUUUUUCCGCGAGCGUAGCAAAGGUGAGCUUGCUGCAAGCGCACUGGGAGCUUAGCGGCUUGGAUGAUUUGUUAGCGGAGCUUUUUGCCUGCGAUCUUCCGUAUUGUAAUCCCGCGGGGAAGCCGACGUUGAUUCAGAUUUCCUACCAAGAGUUAGAUCGCAAGUUCGGAAAAUAA